UAGAGGGUGGUGGGGUCAGAGAAAAAAAAUGAAAAGGCAGGAGAACAGUCUGAUGAAACAGCUUAUUUCAAGAGAAAUGGUUAAUCUGCAACCAGCCAUGGUGCCAGAGUGGAAGAAGAAAUGGUCUGGGGUUAAGAGAUCAUCAUCAGCUUUCCCAGUAGUAAUACAGCAAAAGUCUGCUAACGGCGUGGAACAAGGUUAUGACAAGGUGGAGCAUCUUUUAAAUAUGCGGGCAACAUAAAUAGGAGGGUUCAGUGUCUGUGAAGGACAGUCUGCGAUCUAGAAGCCACAGCAUCAUGAGUAUCUCCUCACUGAGCCCCACCAGAUUUCUGGAAAGCACCUCUGGGCUCCUCCAAGUGGCCUUUCUGACUGGCCUGCUUCUGCUGCUGUUCAAGAUAGCACAACACCACCUGUGCAGACAAUGGCUGUUCGAAAUGCUUCAUCAGUUCCCAUCUCCGCCCUCCCACUGGCUCUUUGGCCAUUAUUUAAAGUUGAAAGAGGACCAGGAGCUGCAAUGGCAUUUAAGAUAUGCAAAGAAAUUCCCAGGUGCCUAUGUCUACUGGAUAUGGGGGAGCAAAGCCUUCAUCCAUAUCUACGACCCUGACUACAUGAAAGUGAUUCUGGGAAGAUCAGACCCAAAGGCUGACGUCUACAGACUCUUGAUCCCUUGGACUGGACGUGGUUUAUUCUUUUUGAACGGGCAUAAGUGGUUCCAGCAUCGUCAGAUGUUGACCCCAGCUUUCCACUUUAACAUCCUGAAGGCCUCUGUGGGGACCAUGGCAGACUCUGUGCAAGUGAUGCUGGACAGAUGGGAGCAGCUCGCCUGCCAAGACACCUCUCUAGAGAUCUUUCACCACAUCUCGUUGAUGAUGCUGGACACCAUUAUGAAGUGUGCCUUCAGUUACCAGGGCAGUGUGCAGCUGGAGAGGGAUUCUCAUGCGUACCUCCAGGCUGUUAGUGACCUGGGCACCCUAAUACCUUCCCGUAUGAGGAACGCCUUCCUCCAGAACGACAUUAUCUACAAUCUGACUUCUGACGGCCAAAGGACCAAACGUGCCUAUCAGAUUGCCCAUGAACACACAGACCAAGUGAUCAAGCUGAGAAAGGCUCAGCUGCAUGGCGAGGAAUCACUGGAGGAGCUCAAAGGAAAGAAACAAUUGGAUUUCCUGGACAUCCUUCUGUUUUCCAGAACAGAGGAUGGGAACAGCUUGUCUGACAAAGAGCUGCGUGCUGAGGUAGACUCACUCAUGUUUGGGGGUCACGAUACACCAGCCAGUGGUAUCUCCUGGGUCUUCUAUGCUUUGGCCAUACAUCCUGAGCACCAGCAGAGAUGCAGAGAGGAGCUCCAGAGCCUCCUAGGGGAUGGAGCACCCAUCACAUGGGAGCACCUGGAUAAGAUGCCCUACACCACCAUGUGCAUCAAGGAGGCUCUGAGGCUCUACCCACCUGUACCAGCUGUGGGCAGAGAGCUCAGCACGCCUGUCACCUUUCCCGAUGGACGCUCCUUACCCAAAGGUGUCACAGUUCUGCUCAACUUUUAUGUCCUUCACCGCGACCCAAAAGUGUGGCCAAAUCCAGAGGUGUUCGAUCCUUCCCGGUUUGCAAGGGAUUCUGUGAGACACAGCCAUGCUUACCUGCCCUUCUCAGGAGGAUCAAGGAACUGCAUUGGGAAGCAAUUUGCCAUGAAUGAGCUUAAGGUGGCUGUGGCCUUGACCCUGCUCCGCUUUGAACUACUGCCAGAUCCCACCAGGAUUCCCAUCCCUGUUAACCAACUUGUACUGAAGAGCAAGAAUGGGAUCUACCUGCAUCUUAGGAAGCUCCAGUAGUCCUCCUGGGGAAAAUAGCAGGGUCUUGGUGCCAGCUGCACGCCAUCCUGUCUUCUCUCCAUACUCCUGGUCCCUGCCUGUCUUUCUCCUGCCUACUUCUACCAGCCCACCUGCCUUUCUCCCUACCUGUCUGCUGUAGACCCACCAGACGUCCUGUUCCUCUUCCCCUUUCUCUGCCACAUCCCUCUAGGCUCCACAUCAGUUCAUCUGUCUGUGUCCCACCUUCCUGUAUGUUUGACUGUCCUGAUGAUGGCCCACCUGUUCUCUACCUGACUUUCCCUUUCUGUUGGUAUAAUGUAUUUUUUAAUGUAUACACCCUACCCUUGUUCAUUCAAAUACUGAUUUCUCCCCCACACCCCAACUCUCUGGUUUUAAUCCAGAUAUUGCAUUGUGAUACUCAUUCUAAGCAUCCUGUCUCAACUCUUGUGUAAACAGGACAAAAUAAAGCAACUAGACACAGUGUUGAGCAAGGAGGAGCCAGAGUACAGGAAAGAGGGGAGGAGCCAGGAGGCAGGAAAUGAGUGGGAGGAGAAGGGGUGAGAGGAGAGCUAGGAGAGCAGAGCUGGAGGAGAGAUCUUGGAGGACAUGGAGCAUGAACCAGACCUAAGAUUUCACAAAAAGCAAGUAUAAUGUGGGAAAUCUAAAUGUUAGGAAACUGAGGGCUUGGAGGUUUAGAAGGGAGUAAAUAUUGCCCAGCCUUGUGUUCUAGGUUAACUAAAAACCCAGUCUCUGUGUGGUGAUUUGGUUAUACAGCUGUUUAAGAUUAACAGCAAGCUUUACUAGAAGAUAAACCAGUAGUAAAUAUUAAUUUUCAUCUACAACACCUGUCUUCCUAUUUUUCUCUGCCUGUGUGGACCUCCUACUUUGCUAUCAUGAACUAACACAUUUGCAUGGCUUGAACAACACAGAUUCAUAGUUACACUUAUGUAGGGCAGGUGUGGCAGAUGCUUUCCCCGAGGGAAAGCCAAGUCUCCCAGAAGCUCUCAGGGAGAAUCCCUUUCUCUAAAAUCUCAGCUUCUGGAAGCUGCCUCAUGGUACCCAGUGAGUGGUAAAUCCCACCAUAGUUUCAAGAAUCAUCUCUUAGAAAUAAUAUAAACUAAUUAUAGACACUAUCCACAACAUUGCUUGUUGUGGAUAUAAACAAGUUUUUGUUUUAAUCCCAGGUGUGGGAUAUGUGACUGAUUCAGAUGGUCCACAGCAGGAAACUAUUUGCCUCAUUCGAGCUCUGAAAGGAGCUCUUUGCUGGCUGCAGAGAGAUUAAACCUGAGGAGUCUGGAAAGAGAAUAAAUGCCAGAUCCCAGAGAGUGUUGGAGAGUUCCAAGAAAGAACAAGACUGCUGCUGCUUCCUCCCUGCGGCUUCUGUUGCUGUGGAUGCAGUGAGACUAAAAGUUGGGGAUCUCCAGAAUCGAGGACUCUAACAGAAAUCAGAAAUCAGCUAACAGAACGACACCUCUUCUCUCGCUAACCUUUUCUAUCUCCUACCUGGUGUUGGGUGUUGGAAGAGAUUGGGGUGGAGUAAGGAGAAAAAGAUAUUAAAAAUGUAAAGGAAAGACUUUUUAAAAAGUAUGCCAACAAAGCUGGACCAUUUACAUGAAUAAACAGUUAAAUCAGCCCGGACAGUCUGAACUUAAAAGUAAAAAUGGCAUCCUAUGCUUCUCUAGCUGCUGUGGAUCACCCCCUUGAAUCUAUUUAAAUAAAAUUAAGUAAAAAAUAAACUAUUUUAAUGUUUUUAAUUUGAAAGUAAAAAAAAUAAAAUAAAAUAAGGCCUGCUGAAAAUAAAAUUAAGAUCUGCUCUAUAUCCAAACCAUCCAGAGAUGACUGUCAACCUUCAGAAGAAUAAGGAAGACACACCUCUUCCAACUGUUCUAUGUAGUAUUGAAAAUACAUGACUAGGGGCUAAAGAGAUGGCUCAGAGGUUAAGAGCACUGGCUGCUCUCCCAAAGGUUCUGAGUUCAGUUUC